AUGGCAGAAGUAUGCCUCCGCCUGGCAAGCCAUUGGCCCUUCAGGUUCUUAACAGGGCGCCGAUCUGUUGGUCACAGGGCGCCUGCGACAACCCCAGCAGCCUCAGUCCACAUCCUUCGUGCUGCCACCGCCUGUGAUUUGCUUGGCUGCCUGGGAAUUGUUAUCAGGUCCACGGUGAUAGCCUACCCAGAAUUCAUUGAAAACAUUUCCAAUAUGAAUGGAACAGACAUUUGGCCUACUGCUUUCUGUGUCGGGAGUGCAAUGUGGAUCCAGCUGUUGUACAGUGCCUGCUUCUGGUGGCUCUUCUGCUAUGCAGUUGAUGUAUACUUGGUGAUCAGGAGAUCAGCAGGACGGAGCACCAUCCUGCUGUACCACAUCAUGGCCUGGGGCCUGCCUGUGCUGCUCUGUGUGGAAGGUGCAGUCAUGCUUUAUUACCCUUCUGUGUCCAGGUGUGAGAGAGGCCUGGACCAUGCCAUCCCCCAUUAUGUCACCACAUACUUGCCACUUAUGCUUGUCCUUGUGGCCAACCCGAUCCUGUUUCACAAGACAGUGAUUUCAGUGGCCUCUUUACUGAAAGGACGAAAAGGUGUUUAUACGGAGAAUGAGAGACUGAUGGGGGCUGUGAUCAAGACCCGGUUUUUCAAAAUAAUGCUGGGGAUAUUGAAUCCAUCUCAAGGACUUCUCUUGUCUCUGGCCUUCUAUGGCUGGACAGGAUGCAGCCUGGAUGUCCAUCCUCCCAAGAUGGUGAUUCAGUGGGAAACAAUGACUGCCUCAGCUGCUGAGGGCACAUACCAGACCCCUGAGGGGUCCUGUGUGCCCCAUCAAAACCCCAGGAAGGUGGUGUGUGUUGGGGGGCACACUUCUGAUGAGGUGCUGAGUAUUUUGUCUGAAGGUUCGGAUGCUAGCACUGUUGAAAUCCAUACUGCAACUGGGUCCCACAACAUAAAGGAAGUUGACUCCAUUUCCCAAGCCCAGGGGGAUCUCUGAAUGGAUGGGAUGGGGGCCAGACACCCCUGUUUUUCAGGUUCUGUGUCUUGUUGUUUUGGAUUGUGUUCUUGCCUUCCUUCCUAUCACAGUGCUGCCAAGAUGUAGCAUCCUUCAAAUUCCACUUUGGUCACCAUAGAGGAGCUCACUGAGGAUGGCCUUUAUGCUGUGAGAAACAACACACCAGAACUUGGACAUGGAAAAUUUCCUCUAGAACAUUCAGUGUCACCUCUUGACUUUUAAUUACCUCUUGGACUUUUACUAAGGCCAGUUGUAAUGCUUAAGUGCCAGACCCAAAUUCUUAAGAAAAUAGUUAAAUAAAGUCAUUGUGACUAAC